CCGUUCGGUUCUGUUUUGGUCGAAAAGUCAUCUUUGCACUGACAGACGGACUCGUCUUCCCCGUUUCUUUUAAUUUGGAAUUUAUUUUUAUGUUCCGCCUUCUUCCCCUCGGCCCUUGCCAUCAUCUGAAAUGCUCUCCGUCAUCUUUGUACUCGGCAUCGGUUAAACACGGGAGUAAACAGACUGACAUUCGAUUUUAACAACCUUUGUAAACAUGUAAAAACCAAGCAUCGAGCGAACGAGUUACCAGCCUGAUCAAACAGCACACACUGUCAAACGAUAUGUGAUUUAAUAGACUUUGUUGAACUCAAGUACCUGAUAUGUCUAUGAAAGAAGUGCACUUCGAAGGAACCCCGCCGUGGGGUUUUAGAAUGAAUGGUGGGGCUGACGCCAGCCACCUGUUAAGAAUUUCUAGGGUAAACCCAGGUAGCAAAGCCGAACUGAAAGGGGUUAGAGAAGGAGACCUGAUUACUUCUAUAAACGGUCAAUCUACAAAAUGUUUGACUAAUUCGGAAUCUCAUGCCCUUUUAAGGACUGUUAAAGAAAAUUUGAGACUGGGAUUAAAUGAAGAUAAAAAUUCAUCUCCUAGGAGAAGAUCAAAGGAAAUUAAAUCUUCUCCUGUGACGUCCGACAAAGAUCAGACUGCACCGGCGGGUAAAGAAAGUACAAUACCGACAUCUAGUAAGUCCAGGAGACAGAGGAGAUCGAGGUUAAAAAGUAGAUUUAAAGAGAUGUUAGGAUACCGAGAGACAAAAGGUCAAGUUAUUAAUUUGCACCCUUUCGGUGAUGGAGACGAAGGAUCGAAGGAUGGAGACAGCGUAAGGACAUCUAAACCAGAUGAUGAUAACACAUCGCAAAAGCUGUAUGAUAACUGCCAAGAUGAGCUGACAAACUCGUCACUCGAUUCUGUUGUUUUGAAUCCCAAGCAAGAAACUGUUGUACUAGUCCAUCAUCCUGAAAACUCUGAAAAUAAAGAGAAUCUAGAGCCAAAAAGCGAAAAAGGAGUUAGGAUUCAAAAAGAUCUCAUCCAUUCUAUUGAUAAAAAAUUGCUAGAUUCAGUGUCAAAAAGUCAAGUCGUGGAAAUCCUAUGCGUAUCUAACAAGGAUUCAUCAGACAGUUCAACCUAUCCUGCCCAGAAUGCAAAUGGAGAAUUAACCACUGAAGAGAGUCUUUUAAAAUUUAAAACCGGUUCACCCCUAGUAGAACCUGACAUGAAAAAAAUGAACUCUCCUGUUAUUAUAGACGUACCACAAAAACCACCACCUACUCUGAAAUAUAUUGAUUUUGUUUUACCACCAAUUCAACAUUCAGUUGUUUUAGAAGUUGACCAAGGAAAGAAACAGAGUGGUUUGAAAAACGUCUUUCCAGAUUCUUUUCCAGAAGAAAAGCCUCGUGUUUUAAAAGAAAAUACUGCAAUUGAAGUUGUCAUAUCUUCACCUAGUGAUGAUUUUCCAACUUCUCUCCAGCAUCACUCGGAUGAUGUAGGUAAAGAGACUGUAAAAUAUUUAUCUCCUAAUGAUAUCAUUGGGUUGUCUACUACAGCUGACACAGUAGACAACGAUGAUGAGCACAUCUAUGACUUAGAUGUUCCCUUAAUAGCAAAUGCUGAACAUUCAAGCUCUUCGAGCCUGUCGAAACUCCAUAGGGCGGAAGAAGUUGAAGAAAAAAACAUUGAAAUUAUCAACCCGCCUUGCCCUUUUAUUCAGCAAAUGUACUACAUGCCUAGAAGGUAUUUGGAGGUAAUCUCUGAAGAAAAUAGUGAUUUAAGUGAUGCAGAUAAACCUUGGGAGAAUGCUGAGCGCAUUAGACAAGUUAACAACAUAAAAACGAUUCCGGAGGAUUGGUUUGGAUCACAAGAUGGCAUCGAUACUUCUUGGAUGGAUGGGAAAAGCUUAGAAGAAGUUUCAGAUGUGCCCAUUCUAUCUGACUCUCAAUCUGAUUCUGACGUUUUAGAUGAGAAAAAAGGCAAAAGAACCGAAGCCAAAAAUACAGACAGACCACAGAAUGUACUGACAGAGAAAACGUUCCAAAUUCUAAAUAAAGAACUUACAGAUGUAAAUACUAAAAUUUCUGUAGUUAACGAUGUAAAGCUUAAUCCUUCAAGAAAAAUAGUUGAAAAUAAAAAUAUAUACACCAAUUUAGAGACAGUUUGUAAAAAACCAUGUUUUAAUUUGAAGACUUCCAAUAAAAGUAAGUCUUUGUACAGUAAACCUCCACCUAGUGCAUCUGUAGUGAAAAAUGUAGUGUCGAGUUAUUACAAUUCAAAAGUAAUUCCAGAACCUGUGCAUGUUGAUUUAGUCAGCAAUGUGGCUCAGACCAGCAAAGCACAGAUUCCAGAAAAAGAUGUAGAACUAAUAUAUAUCGAUAGCAGCGAUUCUGAAUUGUUUGCGACCAAAAGUGACACAAAUUUGGCUGCCACAGAUAACAAACAGGAUGACCCGAAUACAACAAAAGAUGACAAAAACACAGACAGUGGAGAAAUCAGUUCGGAUAUUAUUACAACAAUUAUUGCUGAUAUUCAGGAAACAGCUAAAGCUAUCGCUAAUAGCAAUGAUAAUUUUUUCACACCUGAAGGAUCACUUCUAGCAAUAUAUGACAACGAAAUAAAAUAUUCAGAGGAUUUUAAUAAAGAAAGAAGAUUGUCGUAUCCUAUUACAAAAUCUGACAUAACAACGGAAAAAUCUAAACAAAAGGAAAUGUUUUUUCAGGCUGAUGAUGAUUUAAAUGUUAGAAGUUUGUCUACGCACAGUACAGAAAGUUUUAGUUCUCAGAGUACUGCAAGACAUUAUUUAAAUCGUGUUCUGACUUUGAAAGAAUUGAGCUCCAGUGCAGUUCUGAAUUUGCCUUGUGGUCUCAAAAUGCUAAAACAGCUGGGCAUCAGCUAUUCAGAUAUUGAUCAGUAUUCUGGUUAUAUACCAGAAGAUUCUGAAUAUUCAUAUUCAUCGAAGAAUCAGUUGUCUGAUAAAGAACUAAACUUGAGUGGAGAAUUUGGUAAAGACAAUGUUGAAAAAAGCCCAAAUAAUGACCUCUGUCAAUCAGAAAUAGAAAAGUUUGACUUAUUUGGAACACUUCAGCCUUCAAAUCAUACUAAGAAUUUGCUUACUAUAACUAUACAAACUGAUCAAAAAAGUCAAGAAAGUUCAUCGCCUACCCAAUUGAAAACGUCUAAUUCUAAAGAAAAUACAGUUGACCUUCUUGAUCUACAUCAAAAAUUUAUUGAAAGGAGAGGAUAUUAUGAAGUGCCAAAAUUGAAUUAUGAUUCUAAUGAGCCAGAAAUUGUUUAUUUAAACGAGCAAGAUGAAUUCUUGGCUCUGAAGAAAUAUCACGAAAGUAGGCAACAAAAGAUGAAAUCAGCUUCAAAACCGAAGAAAUCUGGCGAGUCUUUACCAGAAAAAGAAAAGAAAACAAAAAUAAGGGAAAUGCAUUCGGAUUACCUUGAAGAAGAUUGCAAUUCAGUUGGUAAUUCAAGACUCUUGGAACUUUUCCAAAGUUUGGAUUCACAAAGUUCAAGUGGUGAGAGUAGAAUAAAGGAUUCUUCUUUGCAAGGCCAAUUUGGCAAACCACUAGACAAAAUGAAUGUUGAUUCUGAUAAGAAAGUGUCAAAAAGUGAUGUUUGUACACCUGACAACUCUAAAGGUGACAACGAAGGUAAAACAAAAAUAGAAGAUGUUAAAGUGAAAAAAUCCGAGCCAGAUGCAGUUCACAGGCAGACCAAUAGGAUAAAAAUUAAAAACAAAAGGCCUAAAUCUGUUCCUACACAAGGUGAAACAUUGCGUACUAAAAUGUACGAGGAGUAUAUGGACAAGCUGUCAGCCCUUACCGAACGAAGGCAGUACAAAAUAAUCAAACUCUCUGGAAGUUCGAACAACACCGUCCCUGCAAAAGGCUCGUUACAGAUAGAAUCGGAAUUCAUGGACAAAGUUAGAGAGCGGAUGGUGAAAUUAGGAAUUCAGAAUGAUGAGCAAACGGGCGAAUUGACAAAUGAAACGAAGGCGGAAGAACAAGUACCUAAACACGUCAAAGAGCUGAUGGAGUUGACAGAAGAGUGUGGUGUUUGGUCUCCAGUACAGACUCCAGAAGCGGAAAGAAAAAAAUUUGACUUCCCUUCUGAAAGUGAGAAAUCGAAAAAAGAAGAAGAGGAAGAGCAACCGCCACCAGUUUGGACACCACGGAGCGCCGGUGCCAGCCCUACUUUAGAGAGAAAGUUUCGGUCUGUCAAUUUCCAGAGUCCACCGCCGAAACGAAAGGAACUUUCUGUAAAGGAUGAACCUGAACUUCCAAAAGAACUGCCUGUAGAAACAAGUCCGACCCGUCUUGUGUCAAGCACAAGUGAAAACAGUACUUUGACAUCACAACUUCGUCUUCCCUCUGCACAAAAUCCAACAAUCACACUACUUCAAAAAGCCAGAGAAGGGCAUAUUCCAAAAGGUGCUCAGUAUUUGGAUGAAACUACAAAUACACAAUACAGCCAAUCAUCACAGACUGACAGCUCAAAAUACUCAGUUAAAAAUGAAUAUUUCACCGAAGAAGAUGGCAAUACAAAACAUGUAAUUGAGUUAACACCGAAAAAAUUUGAAGGUAUCGGACCGACGACACGAGAGGGAAUUCCAAUUGGCUUAAGAUCUGAAGUAAAAGAAGAUAACCAACAAAGAUGGUACAAGCGUAUGUAUGAUUCUCUCCACAAGGCAGACCAUGACAAGGACUUUGUAACAGUAAGAUAUAAGACAAAAAGAAAAGGCCAAUAUCCAUACACUUAUGCUGGUGGAUAUGUGUCAGAGCCUGAAAGGUUAGGGUAUGAUUCAGAUGCAUCAAUUUCAAAGUAUGCAACUCUAGAUCGGAGAAAAAUCAGAAAUAAGGAAAAUGAUUUUACGACCAGUACACUUCCAAGAAAUAGAUACGGUCCUGCUGUAAAAUACGCUGUUAAUGUUUACAAAAAUCAACCAGGAAGAAUAGAAGAUUAUGAACCGGGUCAUUCAUCUAUUGCUGAAACAGAGACUAAACAAUGGUGGGAUGAAGUUUUGGACAUUUUUGAUGGUGAAUUAAAUCAGACAAAAAGUCAUUAUCAUUCCCCUUCCGAACGGCCGCCUAAGUCUUUCACAUACACGCUGAAAGAUACGGGGUACGACAGCGAUUCGACCCUUGUUUUCAAACGAAGGGAAAAUAAUAUGAACCAACAGAUUUCGCCAGCUGAACAAAAGAUGGCGUACAAAGUGAUUCAGAGAGGUGGUGAAGUGCCACUCCACGGCUUAAGAAAGCCAGCACCCGAACGCCCAAAAGAACCUCUUGGCAACCCAAUACCCACACCACCAAGAGACAUUAUACCGAGACAUCGUGGCCAAGAAUCGCCUCAUCGCUACAUCGAAUCCGAAGUGAACAUACACUACAGAAGUCCGAUUCGGAAUGAGGCCAAGGCGGUCUGGCCCGAGGAUGAACUCGCCGAAAAGCAGGCGGAGAUUAUGAGGAGGAUAUACCAAGAGCAGAGGAGGACGAAAUAUCUAAAUGAACUACACGACAUGCACAGCCGAAGGCAUACUGACAAUUUUAUUCCUUCACAAAAAUCUCCAAUACCGCUGAACAGGUACGAUGAUUUCCCGUUAGACGUACAGCCACCGAGGCCCAGGGACCGGACUCCAGAACCAAAAUUAGUUGCUAGAGCCUUGUACAGUUUUCUGGGACAAUCUUCAAGGGAGUUGACGUUUCGACGAGGCGACAUCAUUUACGUCCGAAGGCAAAUUGAUAAAAAUUGGUACGAAGGCGAACAUAAUGCGAUGAUUGGCUUAUUUCCCUUUAACUAUGUUGAGAUAAUUCCAUACGACGGGAUUCGAACUUUACCUAAAAAAGCGAGCGAAGGUCAAGCCAGGGCAAAGUUUAAUUUCCAAGCACAAACACAUCUUGAAUUAUCUCUAGUUAAAGGUGAACUUGUGUUGCUGACUAGAAGAGUUGAUGAGAAUUGGUUUGAAGGGAGGAUUGGUACAAGAAAAGGGAUUUUUCCAGUUUCGUAUGUUGAAGUCUUGGUAGAACCUGGUGAAAGAGCAAUGAGUCCAUCAGGCCCAGUUUCAACUAAACCUAUAGUUGCCCCAGCAUCUCACAGUGUUAUGCUGAAUGGUGCAAAGGACUUAGGUCAACAACAUUAUCAGCCACCAAGACCUUCCCUUUAUAGCUCUUCAUCUCUUCCGUCUCAAAAUAAAUACGGUGACAUAAGUAUGGUCAGUCAAACCCUUCAUAUUGACACUCAAUCGGAUCCUGUACCUUAUCGUGUGCUUUACAAUUACCGACCACAAAACGAUGACGAAUUAGAAUUGAAAGAAGGAGACGUCGUGUAUGUAAUGGAAAAGUGCGACGAUGGAUGGUAUGUCGGCUCAUUGCACAGGAAUGGGCAAUUUGGAACUUUCCCAGGAAAUUAUGUGGAAAGAAUACAAUGAAUUUUCAGGUGUACUAAAUUGAGAAAAGCCUGAAUUUGCCAUGUGCUGUUCUCCGAUGAAGACACACUUUCAUCAAAGGGUUAUUUUUCUAUUGAGAAUCAGUAUUAUUUCUCUGUUAAUAACCACAAAAUUACUUUGAAAGAGAGCGAGAAAGAGGGAGCUUUAUUUUAAUUACAUAGUCGGAAUAAAAACAGUUCUUCCAGAACACAUUUAUUAUUUAUUGUAAGAUCUAUUAUUUCUGUACCAUUUAUGAAAUUUCACCAAAUUUAUAAUAACUUAUUCUUUGUGAAUGUUUACCAUUUUACCAAAUAUGAAAUAUAAUUUUGUAGAGUAUGUAAUAAAAAUACAUGUAUUUAAAAAAAAAAGCUUUAUUUUAGGGACGUGUUAUUUAUUUAUUUAUUUAUGAUUUGUUUUAUGUUCUAACUUAUUUCUUUCAUCAAUUGUAAAUCACAUACUCGUAACAAAAGUUAUGCAUUUUAAUCAAUUAUCGUUCCAAAUUAUAAUCCAGUUUUUAUGAAUUUUAUUUUAAGUAUUGUUGCGAUUGUUGUCUAACUAAUGUUAACAAAAAAAAUUUUCUCAUCUAUUUUUAUCUUUUAUUUUUGUCAGGAAAGCACACAUGUAGUUUAUUAAUAUUAAUGAAUAGAUUAUUGCUAUUGUAAAAUGUAUUAAAUUAUUCUUAUAUUUAUUAAAAAUUAAUUUAAUCACAAUAUUUGAUUUGAAUGAAGUAAGCGUAGUUGCAAUGCAAAAAUGUACCAGCAAACUGCAAAACUUUUGCAAUUAAAAAUAUUCCUCAUAUUUAAUACUCAUAAUUAUUAUGAAUAAUAAAAAUAGUACAAUCAUUGUUAAACACCAUUCCAUGAAUAGUAAUAAUGUCCAUUUAUAUAGUGUUCGUUACUUUUAAUUUUAAACAUUUUAGUUCCUUUUAGCUCAGGAUUGUCUCGUGUUGAAACUGCCUUAUUAUUUGUUGUUAAUAUGGAAAUUUAAUGGAUUUGAAAAGCAAAGGAGCAAUUUGCAGCCAUUUUACAUAGAGAAUUUUAUGUUACACCGUAAUCGUACUUUAUUGCACUGUUUUUAAUGAACCAGUUUUUUAAUAAUUCUAAAGGAACUAAACUUAAUGAAUUGUUUUGAGGCCUAACUCUAGAUUUAUAAUAGCAAAUUUAGGAUCUAGUCAUUUGUUAGCCAAAAAUAAAGAUGAUGCAAAACUAAA